AUGUCGAACAAGCCUAUUUUUGUCGCUACCCAUCCCCGGGCCUGCUCGACUGCCUUCGAACGGGUCUUUAUGACUCGUCGGGACAGCCUGCAGUGCAUCCACGAGCCUUUUGGGGAUGCUUUUUACUAUGGCCCGGAGCGGUUGGGCUCUAGGUACGAGGACGACGAGGAGGCGAGACUUGCUAGUGGCUUUAGCCAGUCUACCUUCAAGACCGUCUUUGACCGGAUUGAAAGGGAAUCCACUGAGGGCAAGCGAGUCUUCAUCAAAGACAUCAUUCACUAUCUCGUUCCCCCGAACGGAAAACCAGCAAGCAUUGCUCCGUCUCUGCUAAAACUGAAGCGCGGGAUCGGCACUAGCGAGCAUGUCAAUGGCCAAUCCAACGGUCACGCCAACGGGGUUAAUGGCGCCAAUGGCGCCGCUGUUAACGGCGUGAGCGUCCACGGGGAGUCUUCUCGGCAAAAGGCUCCCUACCCGUACGACACAGAAGCCGAGCCUGGAAACCCAACCGUGGUGCCCACCGAGCUUCUGUCUAAGUUCCAUUUCACUUUUCUUAUCCGCGAUCCCCACUAUAGCAUCCCAUCCUACUACCGGUGCACCAUCCCACCGUUAGACGAGGUUACGGGCUUUUACAACUUUUCUCCAUCUGAGGCUGGCUACGAUGAGGUCCGCCGUGUUUUCGACUACCUCCGCCAGGUCAAUAUCGUAGGGCCUCGUAUGGCAGCCGCGGGCGGAUCUGCCAACGGGAUUUCUCAUUCGGCAGCCAGCAAUGGCGUGAAUGGCCACCAUUCUAAGAAGGGUGGCAUUGAGAUUUGCGUCGUGGAUGCAGACGAGAUGCUCGACAAUCCCGCCGAGAUGAUCGAGGGGUAUUGCAAAAGCGUCGGAAUUCCUUAUGACCCGGAGUUACUGACCUGGGACACUAAGGAGGACCACGAAUUUGCACGAGCUGCCUUUGAGAAGUGGAAGGGUUUCCACAAUGAUGCGAUUGAGUCCAAGGGUCUUGAAGCCCGCUGCCACCCUAAGGAAUUCAAAUCCGAGGAAGAAUUCGAUGCCGAAUGGCGCCAGAAAUACGGUGAAAAGGGUGCUAAGAUCAUCCGUGAAACCGUCGACCGCAACAUGGCCGACUAUCACUACCUGAAGCAGUUUGCCUUGAAGGUAUAA